CGCCUGGGGGGCGGAGCUCGGCCUGGGGAGCGGGAGACCGGCAGCACCAUGAAUAACCCUAUACCGUCCAAUUUGAAAUCUGAAGCCAGAAAAGCAGCUAAGAUAUUAAGAGAAUUCACAGAAAUAACUUCUAGAAAUGGACCUGAUAAGAUUAUUCCUGCCCAUGUAAUCGCUAAAGCUAAAGGCCUUGUAAUCCUGUCAGUGAUAAAAGCUGGAUUUUUGGUCACCGCCCGAGGAGGUAGCGGGAUUGUAUUGGCUCGUCUUCCAGAUGGAAAGUGGUCUGCUCCUUCUGCAAUAGGGAUAGCCGGUCUUGGUGGUGGAUUUGAAAUUGGAAUUGAGGUGUCAGACUUGGUAAUAAUAUUGAAUUACGACAGAGCGGUUGAGGCUUUUGCGAAAGGUGGCAAUUUGACUCUUGGUGGGAAUUGUACAGUAGCAGUUGGGCCUUUAGGAAGGAAUUUAGAAGGUGAUGUUGCUUUGCGAAGUUCUGCUGCCGUCUACACUUAUUGCAAAUCCCGAGGGCUAUUCGCCGGGGUCUCAUUAGAAGGAAGCUGUUUAAUUGAACGGAAAGAAACGAAUCGCAAAUUCUACUGCCAGGAUAUUCGUGCCAGUGACAUUUUAUUUGGCAACAUACCUCGCCCUGCUCAAGCUGAGGAUCUGUAUGAAAUUCUUGAAUCCUUUACUGAAAAAUAUGAUAAUGAAUGGCAGAGAAUCAAUGCAAGGAAAGCAGCCAGGGAGCAGAGGAAGGCCAAAGACCUAGCUGUGAAACCAGUGACUAGAGCACAGUCACACAGGCCAUCGGCAUCUCGCCAGCAGAAAUCCGGCUCACAAAAUAACCGAAAUGCCCGCAAGCUUUAUCCCGAACUUCCCCUUGAUUGUGAUAAUCAAUAGAAAAGAAAAUCCACGUGAAUAUCUAGAAGCUUAAGAUGAGUCAUUUUGGCCAGAAGCAGCUCAUUUUUCAUUAAUAUUUUAUUCAUUCAAAAGAAAUCACACAGUUCCCUAGAUAUUAAAUUUUAUGAUGUAUGCGCACGAGUUUCUAUUAACAGUGUGAUCGGCGGAGUUGAGAAGGAUUUCAAGGUAAUCAAGUUUUAAACUGCGGAGGGAAUUUUUUAUCGUCUCAGGAACAGUCUGUUGUACACUUCCUCGUCUCCUGAGUGUACUCAUCCAUAUCACAUUUUUUUUCAUAUUUUUUGAGAUGGCGAGAGAGGCAGAAAGGAAAAUAUUCUGUGCUCAUGGUUUAUAUGUAACUUUUGUAGUCCUUGGCCUAAUAAUAUGGUUUGGAGUUGGAAUGGAUAUUGAUUAUAAUUUGAAGAAGAUGUUUACCAGCUAUUUUGCUCACCAAAAAAAUGAAGACUCCACGUACACUGUCAGAUUCCAUUAUUAUAGCCAUGCCGCAGACUCUCCCUUAACUUUAAGAAGACCUGCCUGUAAGCCGUUGAAAUUAGUGAAUCAUUUUCAGAUUUAAAAGUUCCCGUGACAUCAUCCUGAUUUUAUAUUCUUUUUUCGUCCUUUCAAAUAAGCUAAUAGUUUUAAGUUAAAAUAUUCUUAUAUUGAAUCUCAUAUCAAUCCAUGAGCUUACUCAUUUUAGGAGUAUGUAUUAUAGAUAGAGCAGUAAGAUCAGCAUCCUUAACCAUGCAAAUCAAUGUAUUACUAACUUGAAUUAAGAAUUAAAUAUCUAGAUAGUACAGUCUUUCCAAAGCACUGUAGCACCAUCUUGUGUGAGCUAUAACAUUUAUAGGUUGUAACAUAAUUUCAUCAUGAUUGUAACUCGGACUCUUAGAUUUUAGAAUGGUUUAAAACGUUCAAGGAGCAUUCGGGUGGCAUUGAUUGUCAUACUGUGAGGUGGGGUAUUCUAAACCCAUUACCUUGCUGCGUUUAAUACAGGCAUUAAUGCGUUUCCAAUUAUUUCAUAAAAUUGCAUAGCUGAAAUGUAUUCUAUUUGUGAUCAUCUCAUACAUGUAGUAUGAUUACUAUAUUAAGAGAUCUUACAGUAUCUUUUUUUUUGUCUUCGGUACUGAUUCAGCGUACUUUUUGCCUAGAGUAAAAUACGGAGGCACACAAACUAAUUGCUCUUUUCAGUGCAUUGUUUACUUUCCAAUAUAUAUAUUUAUAUGCAGUAGCUCAGAAAACAACACAAACCUUCGUCAUUUUGAAGGGUGUGAAAGUUGUGUGGGGUGGAGAUCCUUUGGGAAAGCCUUCUAAUAAAUGGAAACAAAAUCAUGAUUUUCUGUGUCCUUGACACCAGUGACCUCAAAAAUAUGGUUGGCUCACACUCGGACAAAUACUGACUUCACCAAAGGAUGCUGGAUUGGAAAUGGGAGAAAUCCUGAGGGUGUCGAAAUAUCAAUGA